GGGGAACAACUUGCAGAGAAAUACGCCAAAGUCAUUGUGAUCAAAAGGCCAGCGGCCAGCCAGCAGCUGAAAAAGGAGACAGCGAGGGAGAAGCUAAAAUAUACAGAAAAUUUAGCCAGUGAACUAUAAGCACCGUACUGUAAAUCCUGACUGUAAGUAAAAUGAAGGAAAAAAUAGUAGUUUCCCCUGCUCCUACUUUUGGAAUGGACCCAGAAGAUAGCAAGUGGGACAGGACAGUGGGAAUCACAGAAGAGCACAGAAGCCGACCCCAGGACACAGCUGCAGAGGUGGCCUCCACCGCAGACGUCAUUGGCUUUGAGGGUUUUCUCGACAAAAUGCCUGCAGCACAGAUAUGAGUCUUCUCAUUUCACCCGUGAGAAAACUGAGCACAGAAAGGCUGAAGUCUGUAAGCCUGGAGAGACCUUCAGCAGUAAUCUCCAAAUUCCAGAAUGACCACCCUGCCUCCACUGCCCAUGGCACGCCCAAAGCUCACGGCCUUGGCCCGACAGAAGCUGCCGUGUUCCUCCAGAGAUAUUCCCAGGUCUCAACUGAUCAAAGAAAAAGAUGACAUAGACCAUUAUCUGGAGGUGAAUUUCAAAGGAUUGUCAAAAGAGGAGGUUGCCGCUUACCGGAACUCGUACAAGAAGAACAUCUGUGUGGACAUGCUGCGAGAUGGUUAUCACAAGUCCUUUACAGAGCUCUUCUCUCUGAUGGAGAAGUGGGAUGCCCUGAGGGAGGCUGCGAGAGUCAGGUCCCUCCUGUGGGUGCAGAGACCCCUGGAAGAGCAGCCUGACAAGCUGGAUCACUUCUACUACUACCUGACCAGGGCCGAAGCAGCUGAAAGGAAAGAAUACUUUGAAGACGUCUAUAAUAACUUGUAUGCUCUGGCCUGUUACUUCAAUAAUUCUGAAGACAAGUGGGUAAGAAACCACUUCUAUGAACGAUGUUUAAAGAUCGCUCAACUCAUCAAAAUUGACGGCGGGAAGAAGGAAGCCGAGGCGCACGCACACAUGGGACUUCUCUUCGAGGAAGAGGGUCAGCUUCUGGAAGCGGCGGAGCAUUAUGAAGCCUUCCAUCAAUUGACGCAAGGGCGGAUAUGGCAAGACGAGACAGGCCACUUUCUCAACUUGUUGGCCUGCGAGAGUCUCCUGAGGACCUACAGAUUACUCUCAGACAAAAUGCUGGAAAAUAAAGAAUACAAACAGGCCAUCAGAAUUCUAAUAAAAGCUUCUGAAAUAGCCAAAGAAGGAAAUGACAAAAAGAUGGAAGGAGAAGCUUGCUAUUACUUGGGCUUAGCGCACUUGGCUGCUGGAGAGCAUGAAACAGCAUUAACAGUCCUUAACACUUACAUCAAAAUCUCUACAGACCUGGAUGAUGAUCUCAGCCUGGGGAGAGGCUAUGAAGCCACGGCCAAGGUCCUGCAGAGCCAAGGACAGAUGACGGAAGCAAUUAAAUACUUGAAAAAAGUUGUGAAAAUUGCAAGAAACAAUUUUCAAAGCCUAGAUUUUGUGAGAGCAAGUACAAUGCUUGGGGACAUCUACAAUGAAAAAGGCUACUACAACAAAGCUUCUGAAUACUUUCAGCAAGCUUUUGACAUGACAGCAGAGAUGGUGAACACGCUUCUGACGGAUGAAACAAAAGUUCAUUAUGGAAUAGCAAAAGCUCAUCAGAUGAUGCUGACGGUUAGUAAUUACAUAGAAACUGCAGAUCUCACCAGCCUUGACUGCCUGCUGUCAUGGAAGGAGAGGAGAAGUGACAUUGCACCUGAUCCAAUUAUUGGAGAGUCUAGAAGAUCCACAAUGGAAGGUUUAUGUCAAACCUCAGAGCACUCAGAAGAUCUCAAUGGAUUUCCAGAUAAUCAAAAAAAAUGAGACUUAAACCAGCUUUUGACUCAGUCAGCUGUGCAAGAAGAACAUUAUCAUAUCAGCUUCAUCUUCAAUUACAUCCCUAUAAUAAGGGUAUGUUACAAAUAAUACAGAUAGAAUUAUAAUAAA